GUUUAUUCUUGUGCACUUUUUCAAGAGUUGCACUUCCACCCUUCAGUCCUCUGUCCUGCCGUGACAAAAACAAAAUUUGGUUUUUUACCAGGAAAUAAAUUGGAACCGGAAAUCCACUAAACUGCAUUCUACUUAUGUCUUGUUGAUCAGAUCAUAGUACGAAAGACUCAAAUCAUAGCGUGAGGUGCUGGACGAGCUGCAAAUAAUAACUUACUCGCAUAAAAUUACUUUUCCUGCAUAUUACAAAAAAAAUUGAGAAAAUUCGCAUAUUAAGCCUUUGCGAUAAUCGCAUCAUUGUUCUGCCACCAUGGAGCGGUGCAAGAGUAGAACUAGAAUUACUGCCCAAUAUUUCAUUCAUAACAGCGUGAAACUGUUGUGCUGGAGUUGUGGUUUUUUGUUAGCCGACUUGAAUUCUAUUUUCAACAUCAACACCAAUUAUACCUCCUUUUUCGCUGCGGCCAGGAGAGCCUACACCCCACCGCACCAACAGCUGCCUUUUCUUGCCGCCGCCAAUAACGGCCGUGGUGUGCUGGUUGAUCCCACGACCUCUUCUGUUGGUGCAGCUGCUGGAUCAUUGACAGACAAUAUGGCCGCCGUGUCGCAGGAAGACAAGGACAAUGCGCUCAUGCAAUUACUAGGCAUGACCGAUGACAAGGUGGAUCCCGAUGUGGCGUCGCAAAUUCUGGAAUCCACCAAUUACGAUGUGCAGCGGGCGGUGGACAUGCUGUUCGGUGGCGGCGCGGGCGGACCGUCUCCCGCGAUGCCGCCCGCAGCGCCGGCAUUUGGCGGCGCCGAGAAUAUGCGGGCACCGGCAGCUUUUGGUACUGAUAUUCUAUAAUGAUGUUCUUAGUCCUUCGGCAUCGGAGUAACUGUAAUUUUUCAUCUUCUAGCACUCCCCCUUAUUCAUUUCGAUGGUGAAGAAGAAGACGAAUGCAAGUGCGGGCACAACGUUUUCGUUGUAGGUAAGUAAUCGCAGAACAAGUUGCCUACAUGUCAUAAUCGAUUUGAUGAUGCACAACUCGCAGUUGUGACAACAGUCAAAAUGAUCACAGGCCCCAUAUCCCCCGACGACGACCCGAUGAGACCCGCGGGUCAGUUUGACCAGCUGAUCGGUUAUGCAUUGCAAAAAUGUCUGGGUCUGGAAAGUUGGAACUUGUAAUGCUGGCUUUAUAUUCCUGUGAAAUCUGUCUUGCAUGACCAACAAAAGUCGACGCGCUCUCUUAUCGUACAAGAACGAAGUUUCUCAUGCGGAGUUCAUACGGGAAAGCGUUCUGCAAACUUGUCAUGCUUUCCUGCAUAAGAAAGUGCUUCCAUCAUGCACACUUUGGCAUCACAAAUUUCCAGACCCCGACAUAUUUGCAUUUGAUAUCGAUCCGGGAGCCGCCGGCAUGAUGGACCAGAACAUGACAAACCCCGAAGACGAUGCGGAGUUGCAGCGCGUCCUCGCCGAGUCCGCGCAGGCCAGUUUUCUGAACAACAUUGUGAAUCAAGCCGACGGCGUUGCACCAACAGGACUUCCUUCUGCGCCACCAGCAGCUGCUUCGAGGAGCUCCGCUCCCAAAAACGACAUGUUUGCCGCCUCCGCGAACCCCAACCACCUGCCCGCCGGCGCAACAACUGGUCCCUACGGCGGCCGCAGCGGCGCAACCCCCUCCACGAACGCUUCUGGAGGUGCCUAUGGGGGCACUGGCGGCGGAAGCAGCGCGUCUUCAGUCCAAACGGGCGGGAGUGGGGAUUUUUUCCCUCCGGGGGCUGAUGCGGGCGCGGGAACGAAUGCUGGUGCUACGUCGUCGUCUGGCGGAGCCGCGUUCCUCGACGAUCGGCGGCGGCAGCAAGAAGAGGCAGACGCCGCUAUCCUAAGUAAAAACGUCCCCACCCCAUAGUUGUGAUGCAAAAACGCAUGCUCGAAAUGCUUCUCAUGCGGAUCCCCAUGAGAGACAUUUUGAUUUUCUCAUGCUAUUUACUAUUCACCAGCUAUUUACAAGCAGGAGCAUAGAUAGUACGUUCAAACAGUUACUCGCUCGCCUAAAGAAGCGAGCACCCGAUUGAUUUUCUCAUGCUAUCUGGAAGUUUGUGAUGCUGGAAUCAGGAUAAUGUAGUCGAUUUGUCAUGCGGCUGCACUACCUCAAACAGCACUACACUACGAGUCUAGACUUGUCAUGCGAAACAGCCAAAACUUGUUGAUUUGUAUAGCAAAAUCACCAUCUUGACUAUGGUGUGGGGACGUUUUUACUCAGGAUAGCCGCGAUGGCGCGGGCGCUGGCGGAGUCCAUGCAGGGCGGACAGGUGAACUUGAGUAUCAAAUGCAAAUAUGUCUGGGUCUGGAAGAAUAACUUGUGAUGCGCAUUUUAGAACACACAAAAAUCUCUCAUGCAUAGGUAGCAAAAGCUGCCCACUUUCUGUCACCAAAAUGGGGGAUUUGUCAUGCGGGUUCGGCAUUGCGGAAGCUUCUCGAAGCCUGUGAUGCUCGAGCUUCCAUGCCAGACCUUCUGUGUCAUGCAGAAACAGUAUGACUCUUCCACCAGACCAUGACAUUUUUACAUUUGAGAUUGAGCGAAGAAGAGCAAAUGCGGCGAGCCAUGGCCGCCUCGGACCCAGCCUUGAUGGCAAGCAGAGAUUUGCGAGCGUACUGAAGUUUUUUUUUCUUGAAAGGCUAGGCAGUAGUACUAGUAGAUGGAUCGUGACUUUUGCAUGGACGAUGUUGAGCGUACCUGUUCUUUUGUCGGCAAAUCAUUGAUCAAAAACAAAUCACUCGUCGCCACAUCAUGCAUCAACUCCUUCAGGCAACAAGAUGCGGAGCUGCAGGAAAGUAUGUUGAUGGACCGCAUGCGCGAGCAACGAGAAAAGGCAGAGCGGGAAGAAGCGGAAGCUCUGCGAAAAUCGGCAGAAGAGGAGGAAGCGCGGAAGGUUGCGGCCGAGCAACAAAAGUACUAGAUACAUGAUAUUAUGUAACUGCUUCUCACAUCAAUCAUUGCUGCAUGAGCAUGAUUUAUUUUCAUGUGAUGGCAUAGGCAUACUUGAUGCCAUGCAAUGCAUCAUAUUUCACAAACAUAAUUAAGUUUCACUACAAACUCUUUCCAUCCCCCUCUGACAGGCAAACCAGCGUGAAAGAUCGCGUCGCCGCGCUGGAGGCCAUCGGCCAAAUUGCAAACGACGACCCGGAGAAGCUGAAAUUGGUCUUCCGAUUGCCAUAUGCAUUGCAAAUGUAUCGCGCUAGUAUGAAUCGCGUGACAAAUUGCGUCAAGAAGAAAGUUGGAACUUCUCAUGCAGAAUUAGGUAAGAAAGUAGAUCUGUAAUGCGUGAUUGCGAUUGGUACAAAUAAGAUGCUUUUGCAAUGCAUAUGCCAAGCGGGAAGCGCGUGGAGUACGUUUUUUCCAAGUCCAAGCACAAAGUGCACCACCUCUACGACUUUGUGGACGGAAAGCUCCUCGAAGCGGGCGACGAAGCGACGAUUGGCAGCUACACCCUGGCCAGCAGCUUUCCGAAGUUCAUGAUCGAGAAAUCUGACGACGCGCUCGGGACGACCAAAUUGGAAAACCAGAGCGCACUGAUGUUGCAGAAGAACUAAGUUGGGUCCUGGGGCAGCGAGCUGCGGCCGUUUUUUAUCGGCAGCUUUUUCGUCUGAACAACCUCUCCUGACGAGGACCUUGACCAUUAAACUUCAAAUUUUGCAAAGGCGACCCUAUUGAUUCAUUGUGGAGAAUCUAGGAAAUAAGACAUAACUUUUUAUCGUCUGCGACUAAAAACACUUGCAAUUUCUUCAUCAAGGGAAUACAAAUUUACUCCGCCGUUACCGGUGUGACGGCUGCACUAGAUUUUUGUAGACGGAAUUUUUGAAACAAGGACCUGCAAACUGACAGCGAAAAACUCUUGUCUCGAU